AGGGGAAUGGCCGAGGCCAAGCAACACACGGGCUCCGCCGACGAUGGUGGUGCUCCGGAGCUCUCCGCGCACACUCCAGCCACGCCACCGCCACCUUCCUCAGCAUCCUCGCCACACAAGGUCAAAUCUUCGCGACCCAGCUCGCCAAAAUUUCUUUUUUCUUUGCUCGAUCGAUUUUGCUCCCAAGCAAUUGGAUUCUUUAGUUUGUGUUGAUCGAUCGAUCCAUUCCCAGGAGCUACAGCAGCUCCAGUUGGAGCUCAGGCUGCUCGAAGCGCUCGAGAUUUAUCAUCCAUCCAAGCUCCAAGGCAUCCACCGGCACUUCAUUCUCUAUGGGCUCAUGGAAUUUCUAGAAAAGAGAUUAAACAGGCAUUUUAGUGCCGAAGAGAUCCUCCAAACCUUGAAUGGAUUCUACAACCUGGAAUUACUGAAACCCGAUGACGAAGAAGUGGAGCUAGCAAGCCACCAGGAAGAUUUCUCGUUGCCCUCGUCCGUCAGAGAAGAUCCAAAAGACGGUUGACAAGCACACGGAUGCGUGACACGUGUUGCGCAUCCGCCGAGUAGGGAAUUCUCAUUAACUUUUGACGCUUUGCCUCACAUUAGAAUCUUUGGCGAGCCCGCAUUGACAAAAAACAAUCAUUGAACAACGUUUCCUUGUCCUUUUACUUCAUAUAAAUAUCAUCAUCCAUUUCCAUAGCCAA